AUGCAAAAAUGGAUCCUUGCCCAAGAUACCAGGCUUUCUGACAGCCUGUUGAAGGAGACUGUGGCAUCCAUUGUGGAAGAACUUGUCAAUUUUUUGGGUACCAAAGGCCCCGGACCUGGUGGAUAUAUUAUGCGUGGUUGGUGUCAGGAGCAUUCCCCAUAUUUUUACACAGAAUACAGGAAAAGGCAGGAGGACAAAAUAGCGUCAUUCUUUAACAAGGUUGUUGAUGAUGACUUGCAAUGCAAACCAGACCUAAUGCUUAUUGAUGAUGUUGUGGAUGGGGGUUAUACCUGGCAAUACCUAUUUUCUACGUGCAAGGUCAAAUACGCAGACUUUCCUCAUCUUGUCAACUUUGCCAUAAGACAGUUGGCAGUUGUUGCAAUCCUCUUCAAGCCAAUGGGCUUGUUAGGAAGAGCCAUAAGGGUUAUGGUGGCGGAGGUCUCUGGUGAUGGGCCUCAUGCACUUGAAGAUCCUGAUUAUGUCAUCAUCAAGGAUUGUUGGUUAACCACUGGUACACCUUCCGACAGCAACAUUCACGACAAGCUAGAAGAUCUUGCAAGGGAUCCAUUCUUGGACACAACCAAAGUCAUUAUGAGUGCUGCUGGAGUUUCAAAGUUGGCAGAGUUGGCAGCCUUGGAGGACCGUACACAUCAUCACAUGGCCAUAAAAACAGUUGGGGGUAGAACUUGUGUGGUUUUCCUGUGUCCCUACUGUCAGCAAAUUGACUGGGUUGAGAAAGAGAAGAAAACGGCUGCAGCAGAGGUUGACAAAGUACCUGCAUCAUUAAAGUGCUCAGCAUCUCAGAAGCCUCCAAAGUCAUCAUCUCAUCAGCAUCACAGUACCUCUGGUUACCAAGAGGAUCUCCCCAGAAACGGUACUAAGGGAGGCAUUCUGAAUAUCCCAUCUUAUCAGUUGCAACUUUCUUCUCACAGCAAACAAGACAAUAUUCCUGUCUGGGUCAAAUGGGAGUGCCACACGCUUGACGCCAGCACAGUAGCAAUGGAAAAAGUUAUGCUCUUGCACCUACACUUUAUAUCAUACAUCAACCCUUAUUUCUGCAGGCAUGUUUCUGUCAGGGCAGGGAUGGUCAAGCUUUUCAGUGUCAUGUGGAGUGAAACAUUUAGUGGUGAUGGCAAUAUGCUUUAUAGUCCUUCCCUCAAAUAUAUUUCACACCAGAAGAUGGCUUUGAACGUUCAAGUUAAGCUCACAUCUGCCCAGUCUGCAGGAGAGGAUCCUACAAUCUGUCCUGCUUGUCACAAGAAGCUUAAAACUCCCCAGGGUCUGAUAUGCUAUUUGUCAUUAGCAAGAAGCUGCAAAUGGUAUAACAAAGGGAAGCUACAAAGUUCGAUGAUUCCAGGAGAACUUGAUAGGGGCAAUGAUUUAGAGAUAAGGGAAAUACCUGACAUGUUACCUAAUGAGCUUAGACCUAUGGAUGAAGACCCAGAAGAUGUGGUGGAUGACUACUAUGAUCGUCUCUAUGAUCUUAUUCCCACAGAAUCUGAGGAGAAUAUGGCUGGACCCUCAAAGCUUCCUGAUAAAGAUGAUGAGGAGCGUAUUGAGGUACCCCACCCUACUGCAGGCAAGGUGAUUAGGAUGGAUAAAACAGUAUAUGAAAGAUGGAGGAGAGAAUUUGGAGCUGAGGAUAUGGUAAUAUGGAUAUGGAUUCAGAUACAUCAGAUGGAUCAGGGAACAUUUUUGCACCCUUUGCAUCAGAGCUAG